AUGUGGCUCAAACUGAAUAGGGGAGUGAACUGCACAAAAGAAGAAAGAAGUCUAAGGUAUUCCUACUCGGACAUAAAGAAGAAAACUAAGAACUUUGAAGAUAAACUAGGACAAGGAGGCUUCGGUUCUGUUUAUAAAGGAAAGCUUCGAAGUGGCCAUCUUGUAGCAGUCAAAUUGCUCGGAAAAUCUGCAGCAAAUGGGCAAGACUUCAUCAAUGAAAUAGCAACUAUUGGAAGGAUCCAUCAUGUAAACAUUGUCCAGCUUGUUGGCUAUUGUGCCGAAAGAUCCAAACGUGCCCUCAUUUUUGAUUUUAUGCCAAAUGGUUUGCUUGACAAGUACGUCUUGAACCGAGAAAAAGCGUCUUCAUUGGAUUAUGAUAUGAAAUUUAAGAUUGCCGUUGAAGUGGCUCGAGGGAUUGAGUAUUUACAUCAUGGUUGUGACAUGCAAAUCUUACAUUUUGACAUCAAACCUCACAAUAUACUUCUUGAUGAUAAGUUCGUGCCAAAAAUAUCAGAUUUUGGGCUGGCAAAAUUAUGCACCGCAAACAAGGAGGCAGUGACAUUGACGGUUGCAAGAGGAACCAUAGGAUAUGUUGCUCCUGAACUUAUCAAUAGAAGUAUUGGCGUAGUGUCUUACAAGGUUGAUGUGUAUAGUUUUGGAAUGUUGUUGAUGGAAAUGGUAAACUUAAACAAAGACUUGACCGGGAAUAAUGAUGAAUCUAGUAAGUAUUUUCCAAACUGGAUUUACGACCACUUGAACCAAGGAGGUAGUGACAUUGACAUUGGAAAUGUUGAUGAAAAUGACGAUAGAAACAUUGGUCGUAAGAUGACUAUUGUUGCAUUAUGGUGCAUACAAAUGAAUCCUAACAAUCGUCCAUCAAUGAAUAAGGUGUUGGAGAUGUUAGAAGGUGAUGUCGAACAUCUCCAAACUCCUAAUUAUCCAGCGUAUAUGGCAAGAAAUGAGGAACAAAGUUGGGCUACAGAUUCCAAUGGUUCCUUAUCAUUGUUGCAUGAUGAUAAUAGUAGCAACAUUCUUGAAAUUAUUAGUAAUGCUCGAUAUAUUUCUGUUAUCAUUCAUUUGUACUUGAAACAAGUUCCUCUGGUUGUGUAUUUGUGA